AUGCUUAUUGUUGCCUCAACGGUGCAAUGUGGACAACCUGACUUGACGACCCAGAGAUUGCUUGACCAAUGUGUUGCCAAACUUAGAAACCUCCAAAAUGGACGCCCGAGAGAUUGCGCGGACAUCUUCGCCACUGGCAAGCACUACAGUAGUAUCAACAACAUCUACCCUUACAAGGACUCAUCAGUGCCCGUCACAGUUUACUGUGAUAUGGAAACAGACGGCGGAGGAUGGACGGUUAUCCAGAGGAGAGGACAGUUUGGAAAUCCACAAGACUACUUCUAUAGGAAAUGGGAUGACUACGUCAAAGGUUUCGGACAGACAGCGAGAGAAUACUGGUUGGGUCUCAACGCCAUUCACGCUCUGACCUCAAACAAGGCAAUGGUGCUGCGUAUCCAACUCGGGAAUAGUUCCGGAGACAUAUUGACGGCUGACUAUUCCACCUUCAAGGUUGCCGACAAAACAAAAGAUUUUAAGCUCACAGUCGGUGGAUACUCAGGAAGAAAAUCUAAACACACGCUUAAUUGUCUCUUGGGUCUUGUUCUUUCUUCUGUUCCAGGGAGCGACGCAUUCAGUGAAGCGAACGGAGCCAAGUUCAGUACACAGGACAAGGACAACGACGCGUCCGGGAGCAACUGCGCUGCGAUCUAUAAAGGAGCAUGGUGGUAUCAAUAUUGCCACUCCUCUAACCUUAAUGGUAUGAACUACAACGGUCAACACUCCACAUAUGCGGAUGGCAUAGAAUGGUCAAAACUGGACGGCAGAACUGGGCUCUAUUACUAUUCUUUUCCGAAGGCCGAAAUGAAAAUUAGGCCUGCCGAUUUCUACCAUCAGUAAUGUACGGUGCUCGUUAUUAAGCUGAAUUAAACUGCACUCCAACGCUCAUAA